UGAAAUUAAUCAAAGAAAUUUAGAAUGAUUUGUUCAAAGCAGUUUAUACGAUUUUCAAAUAUAUCGUCUCAUCUAUUAAAAGUUCAUUUAUAGAAUAUGCUCAAAGCACAUAAAUCUGAGCUUUGAAUAAACAAUUUAAACUUGACUUAUCCAACAAUUCGAUUGUACUUUACAAAAAAUAAUGAAGAAAAUCGAAUGGGAUAAGAUUACUCUACUUAAUAAAUAUUGUUGAAUGAGCCCAUGCCAUUAUUUUUUUAAUUAGAAUAUUGUUUUUAAUUAAUAAUUAUUUUUAUUGUCUAGUUUUAGUUAUUAUUAUAUAAAAGAUUAUUAUAUAAUAAUAAAAAAGUGUUAUAGAUAUAUUAAUUCUAAAUAUAAUCUUAAAUGAAUUUUUAUGAAACCUUCAUAUGUUUCUAUUAAAAUAUUUCUGUACCUAGAUUUUUUUCUCUAGUAUUGAUUUCUAAAAAAGUGUAGUAUCAAAAGAAAAACACACAGGGUGUAAAAUAGGGAGUGCCAAACGAAGGUAUUCAUUAAUAACCACGCCCAUUCAUCUAAUACUAAUAUAAGGUAACAUUGUAUUGCUCUUAAUGCUUCAGUCAUAAGCAUUCUUUCAGAGUGAAUACUUAUAGCAUGUGUACAAAAGUAUCCUAUGGAAUACAAUAAUAAUUAUUUAUAAAUGACAAGCAUUCUCAUAACACAUUUUGAUAAUAUUCUAUUAAAGAUUUUAGUUUCAUCAAAGGUAUGUAAAAUAAUUGAAAUAUGUAGUUUUAAAUAUUAAAUGAUUAUUUAAAUAUUAAACGAUUUGCUUAUUUUAAGUAUAAACUUAUAUAAUUUAUGAAAAUGGAGAUGAACCUGACCACUGUCGCAUCAGUUUUAUUAUCAUCGUCUAGUAUUUCACCAUGUUCUCCAAAUGAAAUUGCUAUAAGUCCAGGUGACUGUGUCGAAAGUGGUGUUGAAGAAUGGCUUGAAGAUGAAACUUUAGCAGGAUUUCGCGUUUGGCAAUUGGCAGGAAUAAUUUUAUCUAUUUUACUUAGUAUAAUAAUUGGAUUAUGCUGUUGUAUUCGAUUCAGAGUACCAAGAACGAAACAAGAGAUAGAAGCAGAUUAUAUUCGAAAGAAAAUAACAAGAAAUUUUAGAAAGGAGCUAUCAAAAAUAAAUAAUUCAGAUAUGGAUGAGAUGAAUUUACAAAAAGCAUUAGACAGAAUACGUAAUGACUUUGAUGUACAAACAUAUGGAUUGCAGAAAGAGCAUGAAAAAAUUGCAAAUAACAGACGUCAACAAGAUGCACAAAAACGAAUUGAUACUAUAUUUACUGGUAUGCGUGACUGUCUCAGUAAAUGGAAGCGCACUGAUAGUGAUAACAUAAUUUAGAAUUUCUAAAAUAAGUGGUAUUAUAAUGUAUAUUGUGCGACACCUUUUUUGAUUAUUUAUUUACUUUGCUGGAGAAGAAUAAGUUUAUUUUUAUGAAAAAAUAUCAGUUGUAAUAUAAAAUAAAUACUCAAAAAAUGCAAUA